AUGAUUAAAUUCACGUUAUUGUUGAGCAUUUAUCUUUACUAUGUAAUAUGGCUUUUAUUGCCUAUAUUUGACCUCGAUGGUAGUCUUUGGCUCUUUCCCCUUCCCUCGAAGUAUGCUGCACUUCUUCCAAUUGUGUUACUGCUGGUUGGUACACUUAUUGUAGGCACAUUUCUUGGUGUUCUAUUGCUAAAGGCCCAAAAAGGACCUCGAAUGAUGUCAAAUACAUAG